CAUCUGUCUGUCGAAUUGUUGUUCGAAGGCUUCUUGCGUCCUCUCACAACGCUAUCGGUAUGCAAAUGGGAAGGCGGGGCUGUGAAGUGCUGAUUCGACCAUUCAGAUUUGACCUACUGUUGCUACAGAUACUAUUUUAAGAGCCUCGACCGAAUGAGAAGACGAUUGGACGGUUAUGACAUUGUUUGGCCUUGAUUCAAUUAUGGCAAUUCCGUCGUCUUCCCUCGAGGGUGCCGUCUAUCUGGUUAUUCAUCUCUUUCAAAAAAUUGGAGGUGAGCCAAGAUCAUCGGAGGUGGUGGGUCAAUCCCAUCAUCCCGUCCUGCGGAAGGGGCCGGUCGUUGAUUAUUCUCGUCGAUCAGAUGAUGCUCAAAGCUCGUUGCCUGCGGAGUGAGGGCUGACUCUGUGAGUGACAUACUCGAAUUUCAUCGACUUUCUUUAUGAACGAUUGAUUGUCCUUCAAGCACUUCUUCACAUCCUUUGGGUGUGAAGAAUGUGCAGUGUUCUGCUGAAGGUUUUCCUCGAGGGACGAUGAAAAGCAGUGGAUAUCCGAACGAGCACGUAUCUGAGGCUUUUGGGUAAACGCUCCGCUCCGAGACGUGAGAGAUUGUUAAUUUCCAAGUCUACAUCUGUGGGCAGUCCAACGUCCAUGGUAUCACAAGAGGCUGAGUAAUGGACCUGUUAAUAUAGCGACAGGAGUUUUGCCACUAGAGCCACACAGCAUCAUUCGACGACCUUGUUUCAUAAGAUCAGACUGGACUUACGCGGGAUGUAAGGAGUGUCUCUUGCAAUCUCCAAAGGUUUUAUUUCAGGUUACCACAUUAGUUAGAAUCAACCAUAUUGACCUUUACAGCCGCCGCUCCACGAGUUGCUGCAUAUUGCUAUCCGCAUUGGAGAAGGAAGAGAAUGGACACAGAGCUGUGGGGCAAAUUGCCUGAGGACAUACUGCCCCACAUCCUGUCACGCUUGCCAUGGUGGAGUAUGAUGAAAUGUCGAGUAGUAAGCAAACAAUGGCAAUCGUUGCUUUCGGAUCCCAUCUUCCUCAAAAUCGCGGUUUCCUCUCCUGGUGCUCUUGACCCACCUUGCUGUGUCUUAAGUAAUCAUAAGUUUUACUACGUAAUCAUAAAUCCUGACACGCAAAGGUGUCACGCUAUACCACGAGACAAUAUGUUUCCAUUGCAGCAUCAUCCUGAGGCCAAUCGCUUCCAACUCCAUGGUACUGCAGGCGGCCUUUUCUUCAUGCAGGUAGCAUUUCAAUGUCGUGAUAGGUACCUCUUUAAUCCUUUAAACGGAACACAGAGGCUACUACCUGCUGUACCUCCAUCACCUUUGUUAGUUCUUGACAGUCCCUGGACAAAACUUCAUCAACCAAAAACUUGGAUGAUGGUAGAUGACAGUGGCCAUCUCAGACUUAUCUGCUUGCAAGUUCGAGAAACCCCAGUGGGGAAUCCCGAACUGGUGCUAUGGACUGUCCACACUUACGACUUUGUAGAAAAUGGUUGGCGCCUACACUCUACCGAUCUGCCUGGCAAGAGACUUGAGUUUUGUAUCUCUGCCACGUUGCUGGAAGGCAACGUCUACCUUUUAGUGAAAACACCAGUGCUUUUCACAGGAACGGGAUUAACACAUCGUCUGUUUAAGGCUUACGCGAGGCAUAUGGUCGAAAUGUCGAUCAAGUUUACCGAUGGGAUUUCGGCCUUACAAAUCUUCCAGUAUCAAGGAGCCCUCAUGCUCAUGGCUGGAACAGAAGAGCCUAGGAAGCCUCCGUUCCACGUGAGCAUAUGGAAGUAUGAUGAAAUCCUCGAGAGCUGGGAGAAUGUGGUCUCCAUGCCGCAAGACAUCGUGGAUACUUUCUAUGAAGAAAUGUCGGCUGAAGGAGGGUUUUACUUUGAUAAAGAAGGAGACGUUUGCUGUUUUGCUAAUCGCUUGGACUCAGAAUUCAUUGUAAUGUAUCACUUCGUCCGCAACGAGUGGUGGCAUGUUUCAUGCUCGGAAACAGUCGUGGAUGAGUUUGAAAAGAUGAAGGUCGUAUGCCGUCUGACAUUUUUGUGGCAACCCAGAUUGGACAUUUUUCUGUAGUCGGACAUCUGCUAAUUUGCAAACGGCAGAUGUCCCUCACUGAUUUGUAAUCUGAUGGUCCGAGCCACUAGUUAUUCCACUCUUCCAGAACAGUCUGUACCCAUGGCAAUGAUAGGUUUCUCAAAAGAGAAAGAUCAGAAAUUGUGCAGGCUAAACAAUUUCGUGUUCUGGAAUCAGGAAAGCCAAAGAAAUAAAUAAAACUCACUAUCAACAAGGACAUUAGUGCUUAGACGCUACUUUCUUCUGACUGCGUUCAUGAGUCAGUCUUUGCUGCUGUCUAGAGGGAAUAUCUGCGUGAUUCAAUUUGAACUCCAUUUCUCAUUCGAUUCUAAGUCAAGCUUCUAGAUUAAGACGCCUAGUGAUCUGUUAAGAUCCUUCACUAACCAAUGUCCAUAUGUAGGAGAGGAAGUUUCGAUGCUUCAGUAUUUGAGUUAGGAUCGUAAAAUCGUAAGCUGCAUCGUUGCUAUCAGGGAAAUGAAUGAUGCAGAGGCAUUGUAUGUUUCGUAUUUAGGCAAUGUGCGAGGAACUCUUCGAUUUACAAGUCUCUCUAUUUCAUACAUACAUAGAGUUUGAAGUGAACUAGCUUUGUUUAGGGAUAGAUGAGGGUUUUCAAUAGCUUUCUGCGUAAUGAACUUUACAGUACAUGUCCGAUUUUGAACGUGCUUUGCAUUCAGCGGACAGUACAAAGUAGCUGUUAUGACCAGAAAUAUACUAUGCACUUGUUGAGAUCACGGAGACAAUCUGUUUGCCCGGAUCGAUUGCAUUAAAAGUUUGUUCAUCAUGCUGGUAUGCUUCGCUCACAAAGCUCUUGUAACUGAAGGUUUUAAUUGAUCAUGGCUUAGACUCAGGUCUCUUUGGUAUAUUACUAUUUACAAGCGAAGACUAGCCCAUAACAUGUCUGGCUAAAUCCACUGCGAUAUAUAGCACAGCGGAUUUCUAGUAAAGCAGCUGCAU